AAUUCAUAGAUAAACAUGGCGGUCAAAUAAUGUAUGUUUGAACGAAGUUUUUUGCUCAGUUCUUGAUCAAAAUGUGAAAUUUUUUACAGAUCUGGUGAAAAUAUGAGUGUAGGAAGUCUUAUACCUGUACGAUUCCUUACAUUAACUGCACAUCUUGUUAUAACUAUCGUUAUAUUUUGGUCGAAGGUGAGCGACGAGUGAAGUUUCUGACAGUAAAAUAUAUCAGCGUCACAGUGAUACUGAUAUAUUUUUGUCGAAUAUUUCUUUAGAGAAAUAAGUUAAUGGUAGUUGUUGUUGAAUCUUAAUUAUAAUACAGCAAUGAAAGAUAGUUGAACGUAUAAAUAGUAAUUUCUCGCUUAAUUUGCUUGUGAACUUUGGUAGAGAUUAUACAACUACCUAAAAUUAUAUAAAUGGUACCUACACUGGCACCUAAGGCCGAUGGAAUUAAGGUAUCAGUUUAUCGUCACCCACCCGCGUGUGUUAUUGGCAGCCGCAUGAAAUUUUCAUUAUUUCAAUAAUAAAUAUUGUUUCAUUACAUACCUGUAGAUUUUAUUUUUGUGGAGGUAGCCACAAAUCUUCAAAUGGAGCAAGGCUGAGCAACAUUCUCGUACCCAUAUCCUGUCUUACACGCGGUUGACAGAGCGUGAUGACUGUCGACGGUACGAGAAUGGGUUGUGCCGCAACUGCAGAUCAAAAUUUAGCCUCUGAAUGAUAAAAAAAUGCCAAGUGUGCCGCUAGAUAACUAGCUUCAAAUGAUUUUUGGAGUUAGCGUCACAGCAAGUAACUUCAUGCUUUACCUGGAUGCUAAUCCGACUCUCCUCGCUACACAUACUUUUUGGAAUUACACAUUAAGUUACUCAAGUGUAUAUUUUGGUUUGGAGUUAGCCCUUUAGACUUUGGAGGUAGCGUCGCUCCAUUACUUCCUACUUUCUACAGCCAUGUUUCAUUAUUUGUCAAAUUUGUAUAGCAAGUGUUUCAAAAAUGGCAUUUGGUUGAAAUUUUUGGCAAAUACUGACUUUGUCAUCGGCCUAUAAAGUGUUAGCAAUCAUAAACUGCUAGUUCAGAGCCUGAAUUGACAGUUGGACAUUUUGUGAGCAAAUCAUAGUUUUUCUGACCAAAUGCUAAAUUAUUGGUCAGACAUUUUGCCUAGACAAAAACUAGCAAUCAACCUUCUUGAAAGAAUGGGUUAAAAGGCGGUUGACUAUAAGUUACAUGCAAUCCUCCUGCAAAGAACAUUAAAUGUAAAAGGUUUAACUAUACUGGCUAGUGUUUGGCGUAAAGUAUUAUUUAUAUAUUGGCUUAAUUUACCCAACGAAGGCAUGAAAUCAAAAUGGAAUGUUUGCGAUCAAAUUCCAUUUUGGUCGGACAUUUUUCUGGACAAAUUUUGAAUGUUAUUUCAGGUUCUGCUAUAGUUUACAUGAUGGCCUUUUAUUAUCUAAAAUUAUUAAUGCUGUACCUGUUACAGGAUGCCAAUCUCUUAGAAUGUCUACCAUUGUCAUAUUCUCAGACAGAAUAUGAUGAGAAGGAUACCAAGUAAGUAAGUUUAAUUAAAUUUAUGCAAUAAUAUACCGAAUAAUAUUUUCCUGAACUAAUCAAUCAAAUUUCAAAAGUAGCCUGCUGCAGUAUAUAGGGUAAAAUUGAGUAAGUAAAUUGAGUAAAAUUGAAUAAGCUGUAAAAUGAAUGUAAAUACAGUAGAAAUUUUUGCUGUACUCUUUUCAGUUUUUAUGUUUGAAUGGAGGGCACCACUUUUUUAUACAUUGUGUAUAUACUGUACACUAUGCAGGACCACCCUGAAAAUCGCAAAAAGUAUGUCACCUUGGCUAUAAAGCCUCGUUUUAGUGAUUGAGACGUUAGGCUAUAACUAGGGUGUAUUCCUGUUAAAAUAUUGUUCUGGUAAUAAUAAGAAGAAGAAAUAGUGAAGUCACUAUCCAGUGAUUGAUGCUAUCCUAUGAUUAAUGGAGUCAGGUUUUUUUGCACCAUUUUCUAAAUAAGUCAUUGCAUCUUUCCUAGUGUGUGCACUGAGCAUGUUGUUGACAAAUUAUGCUACACAUUCCAAAUUUUGUUUUGUAAGUAAAGUGAAUUUUUUCUAUAUAAUGUUUCUUCAAGUUUGGUAAUUGGUCUAUCAUUGAUGCUGGCUUUUCUUACAAUUGAACUGCUGAGUUUUCUUGGAGGUGUUUCAAUGUUUAAUGCUUCUGCAUCCAUGUUUUGUAUCCUUUUAUUUCGACUUUAUUCUGGUGGAGUAUAUUGCAGUGAAAAAAUAAUAUACCAUUAAUGGUAAACAAUUAAACAUCAUGGUUUGGUAGUAGCAAUUUACCAUUUGGGAGAUAUAAAACGCUGUCCAUGUAUAGGAUGCGCUGGACAGACAAUGAUCACAUGUAUUCACUGUUCAAUGGCCCGAGUGGCAGCCUAACUAAUUCAAGGGAGUCUACAGUAUAUCUCACUAAACACAAGUGAUCAUUGUCUAUGACUUAGAACAUGAUCACAUCCACAAAGAAUUAUUUUUUCUUUAUAUUUUUGGGAAGUAUUUUUUAUUAUAUUUUUUAUCGAUUAAUAUUUGCAGUGAGUUCAUUGGACUGAUUAGUAUGCUCUAUAUCUGACCAGUAUGCUCUAUAUAGAACAUACUAAUAUUAGGCUUUGUUUUGCUUUGUUUAUAUUUUGUUGAAUGCUUCAUUAGUAUGCUCUAUGUAGAUUGUAGAGCAUACUAAUGAGAUUAUAUAUGUGAAUUUGUUUUCCUGUGAUACAAGUCAGGUAUAAAAUAACAUUAGGCAAUCCAAUAGGGUUUUUUUUAUGAGAUCUUAACAUUUAUCCAGCAAUUGCAGCGCAUGGGAUUGGUACAAUUUCCUUGUCAUUCUUCAUCUUUGAUUCGUGGGACUGUGAUAGAUUUUGGUACAUUUUUGGAUUUUGUAGGUACAGUACACUAUAGCAAAUUCUUAGUAUAAACUUGAUUUCACACCUAAAAUUGCUGUGUUUACUGCUUCAAUUUUUCCUCCUUUAUAUUAUAAUGCAACUGAUAAACGAAUUACUCUAUAUUACUUUAAAAUUUUCUAGUGCUUUUCCUGUAUUUAUCGAAAUCAUUGUGAUGAUCGCAGUGCUUGGCUUAAAAAGAGGAAUGUAAUGAAAGGAUGCAGUGAAGCUUAGCGUAUACGCGUUUUGAAGGCAUGUAUAUGUUGUGUGCUGUACCAAUUUGGGUGUGAAUAAAGCAGCUGUCUCGUGUGAAAUUGUUUGGACACCUCUUAAUUGUCAUGUCAUGAAGAAGACAGUAUAUAAACACAUAAAAUGACGUUUAGACUGCAUUAUUUGAUCUGCUUCAGAAACAGUCUAUGAAUAAAAAAACUGAUAAAUUCUAUAAGACGCCUCAGACAUCCACUAACAGCAUGCAUCUAUUUAAAAACCUGUUCUUGUGAAACGUGGCAUUUUUCAAAUAUAUUUGCAUACAAAACAGGAAUAAAGCGACUAUUUAUACCAAUGUCAAAAUAUUAAAUAUUUUGCAUUCAAGUAUUCUAUUAUUGCGGAUGAAUAAAAUCACAGAGUAACACGUUAAAGGUGGGCACGAUUCCGUUAUGAAAUGGUUUCUGUCAUUUGCGUUAAGAACAUGAUUCACAUUAUCAAUAAAGUUAAUAUAUAGUAGUACAUUGGCAAAGUUAACAUUGUUUCAACAAAACAGCUUCCACUGCUGCAUGAUGGCGUGACAAAGCAUAUGAUUAACCUCGAUCAGAGGCUGUUUUGCGGGUGAAUGACGUACCGUCUAUUUACGGGUAUAUCUCGCCGACAGCAGGUACCUGUGAGCAUUAAUAUAUGCUUGCUAUUGUCUUAAAACGGAAUCAACUUAAUAUUACCUACUGCUGCUUGUAAAAUAUAUUAAACUUCCAAAUUAUUUCAAAGAUGACGUUUGAAAGAGUCAAGACGGACUGAAUGGCACUUGCAAAUAUUAUAUUCACGGUGCCUGUAGUGAGAUACCACGUAUAUUCUUUUUGAAAUAGACUACUUUUCUGAA